AUGGCGGAGAAGGUUGGGGAGAAGGAGGCUAGGGUUUUGGGACAGAUGGGAUCGUCAUCGACGGCGGCCACCCCGAAGAAUCAUAACAACGCUAAGGGGCCGGCAGGCGGGGCGAAUCAGAAGAAAUCCUCAGGUCUUGCCAUCAACGCAUUGGGCUCGGGGAAGGCACACCAGAAAUCGGCGAACGCUUCGCGGGGGGAUGCAGAGGCACUGGCCUCGAGCAGGAAGGAUACCCCGACGACCGAGGGCAAGGGCAUGUCGACGCCGCAACGCAAGGGUGAUGGCACGGCAAGCCGGACCUCCUCUAAAUCACCAGCGGAAAGUAAGACGCCAGACCCUAUGUCGAGCCUGUCGGCGAGACUUGGGGGCAUGGUUCUAAUGGACAAGGAGGUGGAGGGGUUCGUGUUCGAGGAACCGGAGAAGGCAAGCACGAGGAAUUUCCGCUGGUCAGCUGUUGGCAAGGUCUGCUCUCCGCGGCCGAUGAUCAUGAGUGCGGUCGAGCGAGCUAUGCAACGGGCUUGGGGAUUGCACAAAGUAGCCAAGUUUGUGGACUUGGGAUCCAACAUCUUUGAGGUUCACUUUGGGAGCGAAGGAGACUGGAAACACGCAAUGAACAACGGACCUUGGCAGUAUGAUUUUAGCGUGCUAAUCCUGAAGGAGUACGAAGGGAAGAUCAGACCGUCAGAGAUGGUUUUCGACAAGACUGAUGUGUGGGUUCGGGUGGAUGAUUUACCACCGGAGAGGAGGACGGAAUCUUUUGGGAGAGCUCUUGGGAACUGGUUGGGAGAGAUCGUUCGGGUGGAUACUGACAAAGAUGGCAUUGCAAAGGGACGAUAUCUAAGAGUAAGAGCAAAGAUCAAUGUGUAUGAACCUUUGGUGAGGGGCUUUAAUCUCAAAACAUCACGAGAUGAUAAGAAGGGCACAUGGUUUGAUUUCUUCUACGAGAAGGUGCCGCACUUUUGUUUCGAUUGUGGGCGAAUGGUCCAUGCAGAAGGAAUUUGUGCUCCCCGUAUGGAUGGGUCCCAACAGUGGGGUGGAUGGCUGAGGGCAUCCCCGGGGAGGCAGAGUGGUGCAAAGGGAGGCUCUCAGGGGCCAACGGGGAGCAGUAAUAGCUGGGACAGUAGACGUACGGGCGACAGCGACCCAAGGCGUCAGACCAACCAUGACAAGGCUCAGGCUCCAACAAAACGAAACCUGCAGGAGGAGUUUAAGAGGGAAGAGGACCUACGGAAUAAAUUACAAGAACAACAACGCUUGGCAAGCAGUUCUAGAGACAGAAGGGAGGACAGGCGGGAUGACUCGGGAGGGAGCCAUGUUGGGCAUGCUAGGGGGGAUAUGAGAAGAGGUGAGGAACCUUUUGACAGGGAGAGACUUGGCGACAGAGGCGGAAGGAGGAGGGGUCAUUUUGUCAGGAAACCCAGGCAGGAAUACCGUCCGGUUCAGCAGGGCUAUUAUCAACCAAGAUUUGAAUAUGAAGGUAGGAAGAGAGGACCGAGGCAAUACUGGGUGGCAAAGAAUGAUCCGGACAGGCAAAUGACAAGUGAUGAGUUCAUCCGAGAUACGAGAAGGAAGACUUCCAAUGUGUUCGACAGGCUAUCGGAAAACAAUGAUCCAUCGGCGGACCCCGACGAGGGGGCCCGCCGGACGCCAUGA